UAGGUUCGAAGCCUGGUGAUCGUCGAUAUUUCCGUGGACGCAUUGCUUGUGUUCAACUAUAUCGUAGAGCAUUAAGUCAACGUGAGAUAAGAAUGAGAAUGAAGAAGUGCUUCCGAGUUCCUCCUCCUAUACCUCCACCUAUUCCAGUUUGCAAACGCCGCAUUGAUAUUGGGUUCCUCAUCGAAGUCUCUUCGCGUGUUGGACGUCGUAACAUCGUUUACAUCCGCCGCUUUGUUAGUAAGAUCGUUAAAGGUUUCAAAAUCUCACUUCGGUACGUACGUGUUGGAGUGGUAAUCCAUUCCUCAAGUAGCCGAAGACUUAUUGGUUUUGGUCAAUCUCGAAGUGYUGGACAUGUUUUGAGAAUCAUGAAUAGAAUCAGAUAUCUUGGAGGGGUAUCUUACACUGGAAGAGCCCUUUAUUACGUUAAGAAAUAUCUGUUUUCUGGAAGACCACAGUGUGGAAAGAAGAGGGUUUUGAUCGUGAUUUCAAGUAGUGUUUCAAGGGACAGUGUUGUACGACCAGCAAUGAAACUACGUUCGGUUGGUGUUGAGACCUUUGUAAUUGUCACAAAUGUAAGAGCAUACCGCAGUCUUCGAGUGAUUGCCACUACUAGAAGUCACGUGACUUUCACGUCAUAUCGUUCUGUGGUCAGAAUUGUGCGUCGCUUGGCGAUCAGGAUUUGUAAAUCUCCAAUAGCUAUCGUACAAMGAGGUGCUGUGGCUAAAUACCAUUUCACAAGUGCAUAUGGAACACGUGAUUCCAGCAGAAACGGCAAUCCAGCUGCCAAGUUUUUUGGCGUUCGGUACUCGCGCGGCCCAGAUGGUCAUCCACGAGGUGCAAUUCGGUUUAGCGGAAGACGUAACAGUUACGUGUUGAUUCCUAACAACGGCUGUCUUGACACGCAAUAUUCGAUCACAAUCUGUGGAUGGGUGUAUCCUGAAAGCGCAGGUCCUAUCUUCCACUACAACCCACGUCAUUGGGGCUUGCAUGUGUGGAUGACAAGAGCUGACGAAUUCUUUGUGCGAUUUGUUGGUCGUAAUAAUAGACGAAGUCCAUACCUGAAAAGANCUGAAAAGACGAGGAUUUCCACGACGAAAGUGGACUUACUUCUAACUCUCGUCUAG